AUGGAAAACCUCACAAUCUCCGAUGUCGCCCCGCCCCCCGGAGCUCGAGGUCGUGCGCAAGGCGCGCCUCAACUGCCCCCGCAGAUGUUCACAACGGCUGCUCAACUGCUCGAUCUGACAGACAAGAAGCUCAUGGUUGCCCUCCGCGACGGAAGGAAAUUGAUUGGCGUGUUGAGAAGUUGGGAUCAGUUCGCAAACCUGGUCUUGCAGUCAACAACGGAGCGGAUAUUCGCCCCCAAGCCCGGGACGGACGCCUCCACCCCGCAAGGCUACUAUGCCGACGUAGCGCACGGCAUCUUCCUCGUCCGGGGCGAGAACGUGCUCCUGCUGGGCGAGAUCGACCUCGACAAGGACGACGACCCGCCGCCGAACUUUGAGCCCGCGAAUCUGGAGCUUGUGAGGAAACUGGCCGAGGAGAAGAAGGCCCACGACAAGGCCAAGGACAAGAAGAGACUACAGAAGCUGGCUACCAUGGGCUUUGAAGGCGAGAAUCUGGGCGAGGCUGUGUUUUGA